UUGAGAAGUCUUGUAUGUGAAUAUUAGGUUGCUGCGAGUAUGUUUGAUCCUGAGUUGGUGGUUUACAAUGCUGGAACUGAUAUUCUUGAUGGAGAAGGCAGGUUGAAGAUCAGUCCUGAUGGGAUUGCCAAUAGAGAUGAGAAAGUUUUUAGGUUCGCUCGUGAGAGGACCAUACCUAUUGUCAUGCUCACAUCAGGUGGUUACAUGAAGUCAAGUGCCAGAGUUAUAGCAGAUUCCAUGAUCAACCUGUCAAAGAAAUGCCUGAUAGAUAUGGGUAAGAAUGCCACGUAAAGUUGUUCAUGAUCGUUCUCUGCCAGCAGAUAGGAGGUUGGAUUUCCA